UUGCAUAUCUCUUUUAAAUAUUUUAGGGUUUGCGGUGCUCGAAUUGUCAAUGACACUACCGACCUUCGUGAGUCCGAUGUUGGCGUUGAAGCGGAUCUGUUCGAAAUUACAAAGAUUGCCGAUGAAUAUUAUACCUAUGUUACUUCUCCGAAAACUACUGCAUGCACAAUAUGCCUUCGCGGUCCUUCCAAGGACGUUGAACGUAAUCUCCAAGAUUCUCUUCACGUCGUACGUAAUAUCAUGCUGAAUCCCCGCCUUGUUCCAGGUGGUGGAGCAUUAGAAAUGGCGCUCGCUCAAGCAAUUACUGAGAAGGGGAAAUCUAUGGAAGGUGUCCGCCAGUGGCCUUACAAAGCAAUUGCACGUGCUUUAGAGGUUAUUCCACGUACUCUAAUCCAAAAUUGUGGAGGAAAUACCAUUCGUCAACUUACAGCUCUAAGGGCGAAACAUGCUCAAAGUCCAGACAAUUGGACUUGGGGAAUUGAUGGAACUACAGGGGAAUUGGUGGACAUGUGUAAGUUGGAUAUUUGGGAUCCUCUCAGUGUUCGUGAACAAGUGCUGAAGACUGCUGUGGAGACAUCGGUAGGUGUACUGACACUUUUUCUUAUAUAA